AUGCCACGUAAGCUACGUAAGAAUAUACGUAAGAGGAAGGGAGCAUUGAAACAUCCAAUAGUAAAACUGACACCACAACAACAGUUGCAACAACAAAUGAUGAAUGACCCCACUAUGUUGCAACAAAUGUCAAGCAACCCUAUGCUUUUAAACCGAGUUAUUGGUGCACAGAGUGGAGGUUUAAGAGCGGCACUUUUAGCGAAAAUGGCAGGCUAUGGUGGAGCUGCAGACGGAACAGCUUAUAACCCUCAAAGUCAAAUGAAUUUGAGUUCACUCAAAAAUCAAAUAACAGAUGUCAAAAAGUCAAACAUAGACAUACAGAAACAAAUA